CCUUAGGCUGUCAGUCAGAGGCGGCGUGGUGAGUGCUGGGAGCGGUGGCUGCGCGCCGGGAGCUGAGGUACAGCUGCGCUUUCUGCCCUCCCAGGCCGCGCACGAGCUGGCUAACCCGGUUUGUAAAAAUGGAGUUUCAAGCAGUAGUGAUGGCAGUUGGUGGGGGAUCUCGGAUGACAGACCUGACUUCCAGCAUUCCCAAACCUCUGCUUCCAGUUGGGAACAAACCUUUAAUUUGGUACCCAUUGAACUUGCUUGAGCGUGUUGGAUUUGAAGAAGUCAUUGUGGUUACAACCAAAGAUGUCCAAAAGGCUCUAUGUGCAGAAUUCAAGAUGAAAAUGAAGCCAGAUAUUGUAUGUAUUCCUGAUGAGGCUGACAUGGGAACUGCAGAUUCUCUGCGCUACAUAUAUCCAAAACUUAAGCUGCUCAAAUCUCUUUCUCUGACUUAUCAAGAGAUUAUUGAUUCAUUCAUUCUCCCAAGUCCUGGGUGAGUGAGCUCCAUUCUUAUAAUUGGCACUGAUAAUAUAAACAUUCUUAGAUUUCAUAUUUUCUCCCUAAUAGUGUUUCAU